GAAUCGCUGGCUAGUUGGAGGCUUCGAUUGUCGUGGUUGUGGACACUUUUAGUUCAUUUUGCGGUUUGAGUUGAACAGAACAGCAUCGAAUGUGAUGUGAUAAGAUUUAAAAUUGGAUUCUCAAAGUGCAAGUGCAAAUCACGGUAUCGUUUGAAUUGGUUGAUAUUCAGUUUAUUGAAGUGUGUUUUUCAAAUUACUUAAUUUGCUAUCAGUCUCCCAUAGAUUGUCUGCUAUGCCUACCACAUACAAUCCAAACUAUGAAAAUUCAUUUCCAUGGUGUUCUCCUGACCCGAAGGACGUAUAUGCAGCGGUUUGCAAAUGGUGUAACAAAAAAAUAAAAAUCAACACUAUGGGUAGAGUGGCUUUGUUAAGUCAUGAAAAAAGCAAAGCACAUCAUCAUCAAGUGUUGGUUCGAAAAACUAACCUUCCAAUCAGCCAUUUUUUACCAAAUCAAAUCGUUGGUAAUAACCUGUUGUCGUCAUCUCCGUCACUUUCUUCAAUUUCCACUGCAAUGGCUACCCAAAUCUCAGCUUCAGAUUCUUCCACGAACACUGAUAAUCAACACUCUAAGGCUUCCAACGUCUUGAAUAGAUUCAUGCUAAACGAGCAUGUUACAAGUGCUGAAAUUGUGUGGGCUCUGGAAACUAUUGCCACUCAUAACUCCUAUCGCAGUGCUGGGGCUAACACUAAUUUGUUCAAAACUAUGUUUCCGGACAGCCAAAUUGCCGCCAAGCUCGAGAUGGGACGCACAAAACUUGCGUAUCUAAUAACUUUUGGUCUGGCACCUUAUUUCACAAACGAAAUAUUUAAGCAACUUGAUGUAUGUUCCGAAAUAGUAAUUGGUUUCGAUGAAACAUUGAACAAAGUUUCACAACGCCAACAGAUGGAUGUUAGUGUGAGAUUUUGGAAUGAAAAUAAGGAACAGGUAGAAUGUCGAUACAUUGGAUCAGCGUUUUUAGAUUCUUCUCGUGCAGUUGAUCUCCUUAACGGAUUGAAACAGUGCACAGAAAGAAAGCCUGCUCUACUGAAUAACGUGAUUCAGCUAAGUAUGGACGGACCGAAUGUAAAUUGGCGUUUAAUGAAGGACUUAUGCGAAGAACUUCGAAAUCUGCGUGGGGUACCAUCUUUUGAUUUAUUAAACAUAGGUAGUUGCGGCUUACAUGCUAUUCAUAAUGCUUUUAAAAAUGGUAUGAAGCACACUGAAUGGAACAUUGAUGAGUUUUUGACAUCCCUCUAUUAUUUGUUCAAAGACUUUCCGUUGCGCCGUGCAGAUUAUAAAGAAACUACCGGAUCCAAUUUAUUCCCACUGAAAUUUUGUCCUAUUCGAUGGAUUGAAAAUUUGAAUGUGGCUGAGCGUGCAUCUAAAAUGAUUCCUUAUUUGAAAGUCUAUGUGGCUGCGGUCAAAAACCAACGUGACAAAAAACUCAAGGAAGGUCACCAUUCUUUCAAAAGGAGUUUUGCUGCAGUUGCUCAGUCUAGGCCAUUCGCUGUAAUAGAAAAGACCAUUUCUGAUGAAAUGUUGAGCCCAAAACUUGCCUUUUUAUUUCCUCAGCUGGAUGUGUGGAACCCUUUUUGCGAGAAUUUCAAUGUGAUGCUCCUAUGGCGCCAUUUUUGUUUGAUGAGUUAA